AGUCUUUAGGCAUUGGAGCCAAGUAUCUAAUCCGGAGCAGUUGUCGAGAUGAAACUAACUAUCGUUCUUUUGACCCUCGUCGGCCUAGUAGCCGCCGUAAGCAUUCCUGCCACCACCAACAAGGUUACGGUUGCCGAUCAUGCUUUCUUGGAGAAACAGAAGUUCCUCCUUGAGAUCGUCUACCGUGUAGAGGAUCCAUUGAUGUUCGAAGAAUACAUUAAAUUGGGCCAGCACUUGGUCAACGAUCAGGCGCAAUACAGCCACUUCGAUUACAACAUGGAAAGAUUCUACGAGUCCUACAAAAUGGGCGCACUCUUGCCAAGAGGUGAAUUCUUCGGCGCUAUGGUCCACACUCACCACAAACAAGCCUACGCUCUCUUCAACUACUUCUACUACGCCAAGGAUUGGGAAACCUUCCAACAAAAUGUUGCUUGGGCUCGCAUCCAUGUCAACGAAGGCAUGUUCGUUUACGCUCUUACUUUGGCCGUCAUCCACCGCGAUGACUUCCAGGGUCUCAUCCUGCCCACCAUCUACGAAAUCUUCCCACAAUACUUCUUCAACAGCAAAUUCAUCUACGCUGCCGAGAAAUUCGACUACAAUACCUGGAGCAAGUACACUCAAUACGAGAAGGAGUUCAAUGAUGUCUACUACCAGAACAACAAAUACUACAACCAAGACUACUUCUACAUGAAGGACUUCAAGACCUACCAAUGGUGGAAAUUGAUGGGUAUUGGUGAGAACUGGUACGCUGCGGAGAAGAACUACCCACUCCGUGAAAACACAUACGAAAUUGUCGGCGAUGAGAAAUAUGCAUCAUUCAUGAAGGAUGUCAACAUUUUCUGGCAUCCCGUUGAUUACACCCGCGAUAUUGAAUUCUUCAACGAACAUUCUGUGUUGUCCUACUUCACUGAAGAUUUGGGCUUGAACUCAUACUGGUACUACUUGAACAUGGACUACGCUUUCUUCUUGAACGGAGACAAGUUCGGUUUGAACAAGGAUCGUCGUAGUGAAUUGUGGAUCUAUAAUGUUGAACAACUGUUGUCUCGUUACUACAUGGAACGUUUGUCUCAUGGUUUCGGCGAUAUUCCAGAACUCUCCUGGUAUCACGCUUACGAAUACGGCUAUGAUCCAGAGUUGGUCUCUUUCAAUGGUGCUGGUUACACUUACCGUAAGAACUACUUCGAAAUCCAAAGCUACGGCAACUUUGACAUGUUGAACCAGAUCCAAAGCGCCUACAAACGUAUCUAUGGUAUCAUUGAAUCCGGUGUGUACACCACCCGCGACGGACACAAGAUCGAUUUGCAACAACCCGAAGCUGUUGAAUACAUCGCAGAUUACUUGCAAGGUAACGUCGAUAUCUUCGACAAGUACGUCCUCAACUCUUGGUACAUGCUAAGCCACAUGCUCAUUGCCAACACUGAAUAUAACCAAUUCGAAGUAAUCCCCAACGUCAUUUUGAACUACGAAACCAUGAUGCGCGAUCCCCUCUUCUACAGCUUGUACAAACAAAUCAGCACCGUCUACUACCUAUACAAACAACAACUCACACCUUACACCAGAGAGGAACUUGCUCUACCCGGCGUUGAAAUCAAGCGUGUGGGAGUCAGUGAAAUGGUUACCUACUACGAUUUAGUAGACUUUGAUGUCACCAACCUCAUGAACGACAAAAUGGUAAUCGUUGAUGGUCAAUUCGUCUGGGAUAAGGCAUUAUACGCCCGUCAAAUGCGUCUCAACCACAAACCAUUCAACUUUGACAUCACCGUCCAAUCUGACAAACCACAGAAGGUUGUCAUUCGCGCAUACUAUGGACCUAAAUACGAUGAAUAUGGGCGUAUUAUCUCGCUGAACCAGAACCGUCAGAACUUUGUUGAAUUAGAUGAAUUUGUUUAUGAAUUGUCUGCUGGUGAGAAUGUCAUCAGACGUUCGUCCGACGACUUCUACUGGACUGUCAAGGAUCGCACCACCUACACAGAAUUGUACCGCUACGUAAUGGCUGCCUUCGAUGGCAAAUAUGCAUUGCCUUUGGACAUUAGCGAACCACACAGUGGCUACCCAGACCGUCUUCUCUUGGCUAAGGGUUGGGCCGGUGGUUUCCCAGUGCAACUGCUGUUCUACAUUGCGCCAUACCAAGCGACCGUUGAGCAAGCCUACAACUUCGAUGCAUCCUACUCUGCUGGCAUUGGUUCCGGCGCACGCUACGUUGACAACAGGCCCUUCGGUUACCCACUCGACCGUCCAAUUGACGAGUACGAAUUCUUCGUGCCUAACAUGUACUUCGUUGAUGCCAGCAUCUACCACCAAAACACACUCAAGCAAUACUACGAGGGAUACAAGAACUACGGACAAUUCGACUACAGUUAUUACAAUAACUACUACACCAACUACUUCCAUUAAAUCAAAGGCUCCAGCUGGCUGUGGAAUUUGGUAUUUCUAAGAGAAAAAUGAAAAUAUUGUCAUGUUGAACUAGUAGCUUAAGGGUUAAAGAAAGUAAAGCAGAACGAAAUAAAUGGUAAAAAGGAUAAAUA